CCCCCGACGACUUCGAAACCGAAACUUUUUUUAGCUUAUCUUCAAACUCCGGCGACUCUUUCCGCCUCAAAACCUCCAGUCGGAGAUUGAGAACAUGCCAGGAGAUGGAAAGCAUUGAUGAAACGGGGCGGUGCUCGUCUUUUUCAUCCAUCAAUUCACUUCGCCGGAAAACAGCAACAACCGCCUGCGGUAAAUCCACUACUGCAACGGUAAGCAAGAAGAAAUCCAGCAGCAAAACCUUCCCAGAAAGCGAACUGCCCGGCUCUGAUCAAGUCUUCACUGAUCGGCUUUACUACAGCAACAACCGUGAUUCUGGGAGGAGUUUUCGGCGCCGGAAAACUGCCAAGAACCGCCGUAGAAUCAAGAAAACCCCUCCAAGAAGCUGGAGGUGUUUGAAUUCCAGUUCGAUGAUUGAAGAUUGCUACGCGGUGGAGAAGAGUUCGAGCGAUCCUCGUAGUGAUUUCAGGGAAUCGAUGGUAGAGAUGAUAGUGGAGAAACAAAUGUUUGGGGCGGAGGAUCUGGAGAGGCUGCUGCUUUGUUUCUUGUCACUGAAUGCGGCUUCUUAUCAUGGGAUGAUAUUUGAUGUUUUUUCUGAGAUUUGUCAAACAUUGUUCAGUAAUUGAGUUAUUCCUUUGUUUGUUUUAGGAUUAAUUAGUCUGCUACGUACCUCUUGAUUAUGUAAAUCGCAUUGUUCUUUCA